AUGCCCAGUAGAAAACAGAUGAACAUCGGUCAUCAUGCUUUCCACCGUGAACAGCAGCAGCACUACGAGAACUUGAGGAACUACCAUAGUAUGAUGCUGCAAAACCAGUACGUCCAUCAGCAACAACAACAACAGAAUGAACAGCAGUGGCAGCACGGUAAAAAGAAAAUGGCCCGUCAGCAAGCAGGAGAAAGCAUUGUAGACGUUCGAUCUAUUCUCCUGAUGAUGGAGCAAUUAAUGGCCCCAUAUGUGUGCAAUUUGAAUAGCCCUCGGAACAUGUCCGUGGACAUUUCAGCUCUGCUGCAGCCUUGCUCGAAGCGCGGAGUCUUGACCUAG